GACGUUUCAUGUUUAUGUAAUCCCUUCGUCUCACAGUAGGUGGUGACGUUGAGCAGCCCAGACACCUGGGACGUAGAAUACUACCAUUAACCAGCGAGAGAAGAAGAACAACAAAAGCAGCCACAUAUUUUCAGGGCAGGAACACAUCAUCAUCUCCUGUCUCUGGGUUUACAGUUCCUCUAAUCCAGAAACAUGUAACUGAAACCGAGGAGAGUUUUGCGAUCUGAAGGCUUGUGUGGAGUAGUAGCUUGUCAGAAGCAACGCUGUUAUUUCCCUGCCCUUGUUUGUGAAUACUGCAGCUAAGCUAGCUCGGAGGUUAGCUCUUUUUUAACCUGCUCCAACCCGGGAUAAUCAGCCGGUUGUUGUCUGUCUUUAGUUACCCAACACCUCUCUCUCAGCCUGCCCGCUGCUGACCAUCCGGUAAACUAGUGUAGUGAUGGGGAGUCUGAGCAGUAGGUUCCAGGUCCCGUCUCCGGGACAAGAGGAGGCUGCUGAGGGAAUAAGUACCAGCCACAAGCAUGGGUGUGAUUGUAAGAAGAGGAAACGAAAUGCCCAGUGUGACUGUGACAGUGAACAAGAGGAGGACGAUUCCAUUUUAGAUACACCUCGCAGGAAGAAAUUGAAAAGCACAUCCCGUUACAUUUAUCAGACUUUGUUUCUGAAUGGAGAAAACAGCGACAUUCGCAUCUGUGCUCUGGGACAGGAGUGGAACCUCCACAAAGUGUAUCUCUGCCAGUCAGGGUAUUUCUCCAGCAUGUUCAGUGGUUCUUGGAAAGAGUCCAACAUGAUGGAAAUCAACUUGGAGAUCCCUGAUCAGAACAUCGACACUGAAGCUCUACAAGUCGUGUUUGGAUCGUUGUACCGGGACGAUGUUCUUAUCAAGCCCAGCAGAGUUGUCAGUAUUCUCGCCGCUGCUUGUAUGCUACAGCUGGAUGGCUUGAUCCAGCAGUGUGGCGAGACCAUGAAGGAAAACAUCAGUGCCAAGACUGUGUGUGGCUUCUAUGCUUGUGCCAGCAUCUAUGGCUUGGACUUAGUCAUGAAAAAGUGUCUUGAGUGGCUUCUAAACAACCUGAUGACCCACCAAAAUGUUGACCUGAUGAAAGAACUUGGGGCAGAGAUAAUGGAGCAGCUGAUCCAGUCCUCGGACCUGUUUGUUAUGCAGGUAGAGAUGGAUGUGUACACUGCUCUGAAAAAGUGGAUGUUUCUGCAGCUCAAUCCGUCCUGGGACGGCCCGAUCAAGCAGCUUCUGGCUGACGCUGACGCCUGGCUUUGCAAACGCAGGACAGACCUAUGUGAGCAAGAACCCUUCCUGAACACAGAAGAGGGUGAAUCUUUUUGUUCAGUGUUCAAAUAUGUCCGUCUCCAGUACAUCAUCAAUGAUCUCGCAUCUGCACGCAUCCUGGAGAGAGACAAUAUUUUGCCCCCUGAUUGGCUAACGUCAGUGUACAAAAACCAGUGGUUCGCUAUGCUCCGGACAGAAUUUGACAAUGAUAAUGGUCCCCAGGAAGCAAACAAAGAUGAGUUUGAGCUGAGCAGCAUGAGGUGUGGCAGGAAACUCACUAAAGAUGGAGAUUACUGCUGGCGCUGGACAGGCUUUAACUUUGGUUUUGAUCUGCUGGUGACCUACACAAACCGCUUCAUAGUCUUCAAAAGAAACACUCUGAGUCAGCCAUGUGGGGGCGCUGUGAGUCUGCAGGCUCGAAGGCAUCUGGCAUUCAGGUUGCGUCUUGCCUCCUUCGAUAGCCGUGGAAAGUUGGUGUGCAGUCGUUCAACAGGAUACCAGCUCCUCACGCUUGAGAAAGACCAGGAGUAUGUGGUGAUGAACCUGGACAGCCGGUUGUUGACAUUCCCCCUUUACGUGUGCUGUAACUUCCUGUAUACAUCGCCUCAUUCUGACCCACGUCCAGACUCCUCAGAACAGGAAAGCUCUACCCGCAUCGUGACCUGAUGCACGUUCAGCCGCCAUUAACUUGCAACUAUCCCUUUGGGAACGCUGAGACACUGACACCUGCUUGUACGUACAAUCCACUGCCACAUUUUCCAUCAGCUGUCAUUGGACAUACCAUCUGCAUGCUUGUGUUACACAGUGAGAUGUAUGGGGUACAUUUUUCCCAUCCGUGUUUUCAGUGUUUAGGCACAUUGAGAGUUUGCUUCACAUACAUGGGGUUUCCAGGGUUAUGGAGAUAGUGGCCAGGAGGUGUCAGGCCAUCUUUGUAUUCAGAGCAGCUUCAAACUUUGGACCUCUGCCAUGAACUGAUAGCACUGGGAUGACAGACUACCCCCAAAUCACUCAUCUUAAUGGAACCCCCUUAAUUUAUCCAUGUAGGGGCAUUAUCAUCCUACAAUUUGGGAACAUCAUGAGGGGAAAUCUCCAGAGGGUGAAACUGGACCUUAACUGACGUGUGUGGGAUGUUUCAGGUGUUGCUCGUAUGGACCAAUAUGUAAAUCGAUUGUGGUCAUAGGUGUGGCACUGCACUCGAAAACUCACCUGUCAUUUGUACUGAUUUGAAUCAAGAACAGACCAUGUAUGCCAACAGUGUUGUAAACAAGUUAUUUCAUUUGACUUGUGAAUGUUUCCACAUUUUAGGAAAAUAUACUGUACAAUAUAUUAACCAACACUUAAAGCCCGUAAAAAAAAAAGUUAAUUAAAGUCUGACACAGCCUCUCUGCAACGGCUGCUGUUGGUUAUCAUCUGCUAGAGAUUAUCAGCUGCUAGAGAUUUAAGGUCAUACCUGCUGGUACAUGCACUACAAGAUGACCAGUCAAAUUAAGGGCAUGUGAUGACUACACAUUUGUUUCCAAAGUAACUGAUAGAUGCAGGAAUUUAAGCCUUUGUUUUUGUCUCUUUCUUACAGCUGGGGGUCCAUCUCCCUCAGUCUUAAAUUUGACAUGUAUCUGCAUUUCUAAUUCAAAACAAAACGCUUUAUGUGCGUACAUUUAAAAAAUACAUUAUACAUUUCAAAACCCGAGCCACUUCUGUUAAGGCUUUCAGAUAAGAAGGCCGACCCUCUCUUCUGUAAACUGGAGAAAACAUCCUCAUCACUCUCAGAUUAUAUACAAUAAAAAGUAUCCUUGUACUUUGUAAAUAACAUUGACUGCCAUAUUCCAAUUAUUAUAAAACAUUGAAUUAAAGUUAUAAA